CUGUCACUGUCACAACACAACUCAUUAUACUGACGUGUAUACAAAAAUUGAUAAAGUUUAAUCACUUUUAAAAGAAAAAAUUUGUAUUGUAUUUUCAGCAAUUUAAAGAAAAAUGACGUAUGUAACUGGUGGGCAGUUACAACAAAAUCCACCUAUAUUUACAAGGAUUUCCAAGUUUUUUGAUGGAGUAAUACAUUUUGUCAUUAACUUCUUUAUAACAUUGAUUCCGAUUGAAUAUAAUGCCCAAAGUAGCUCAAGUGGUUCCAGUUCAUCUAGGGGCAGUGGUAGUACUCUUGGACGUGGUGGAGGAGGAGGAGGUGGUGGUGGAUGGGGUGGAAGACCUAAUGGACCUGGAGGUGGAAAUGGUGGUGCUAGAUUUAGAACAAUGAGGGACAUCAAUCCUCCAACUGUAGGUGGCUGUGCAGGUGGAUCAUGUGGGAUGUAAAAUAUAUCUGAAAGUUAAAUGGGGUUUCACCAAUAUUAUAAAUUAUAGUUUUAUGUAAAUUGCAAUUAUAUUAUAUGUAUAAAGGUCUAUUUUUAUGUUAGGUUUAUUAUGGUUCUGUUUUAUCGUAAUUAAUAAAGUAAUUUAUAUGUGUUUCAG